GGGCCCCUUCAGCUAGAAGGGAAGCUGUCCCGUGUCACCCGGCCGGCCUCCCUUCCCACAGGGCUAGAUUGUAACCCUUAUAGCCCCUCCCCGGCCUCCCAGCCUGGUUAUCUGAUUGGCCCCCAGGAGCUUCCCCUGGAGGCCGAGGAGAGGACUUGGUCACAAGUUUCACGGAGGAGGAGGAAGGAAGUUGUUGAGAGUGGUGGCCGAAGCGGGCGGCAACUGCAGCAGCUGGUCUGAAACCAGCCCUCUCCCCCGUGAAGGAGCUUGACUGGCCACUGGGGCUUGCCAUGCAGGGUCAUCAGCACCCAGGGGAGGGAGAGGAGAAGGAGGAGCUUGGCCCUGAAAACGCCUUUGAGAAGAGCCCCUUCCAGCUGACAGCAGAGGAUGUCUAUGACAUUUCCUACGUGGUGGGCAGGGAGAUCCUGAAAAUAAGCAGCGAGCCCCAGGGGGAGGUGCCCACUAGGGUCGCCCAGUUGCAGUUCAAGAUAGUGAGGAUUCUGGAAAUGCUGGAGGCUUUGGUGAAUGAGAGUAACCUGACAGUGGAGGAGCUGAAGAUGGAGAGAGACAAUCUCAAAAAGGAGGUGGAGGGACUCAGAAAGGAGGGUCCUCCAGGGAAUGCAGAGCAGCUGAGCCUUGGACCAGACAAAAUGAUAAUAGAUCUCACAGAUCCAAAUCGUCCGCGGUUCACAUUGCAGGAGUUGAGAGAUGUGCUGCAGGAACGUAACCGGCUGAAAGCACAACUUCUUAUUACACAAGAGGAGCUACAGUGCUAUAAGAGUGGCAUUUCACAGAGGGAGGACCAGGCUGGGCCAAUGGAAAAGGAAUCCACUGUCUGCAGACCUUCUGGCUCAAGCAAGUCUAACGAAGAGAAAACAAUCAUAAAGCGUCUGUUCUCUUUUAAAUACGGAAAACGAAUAUGACUGAGAAUUUAGCCACUUCUGCUCAGAAAGUUGCAGCAUAUAAAGCCCUUGAAAAGGAAUUAAGAGAAGAAGCAUUUGAAGGAAAAGCAGCAGUUUCACUGUAGAGAACAGGCCACAUCUCAAGAACAACAUGUAUUUGUAUACUACUUUAAGAUUUUGCUUUAUAAAAUAACAUUUCUUACAAUGUUUAUAUUACGAUGAAAGUGUUAAUUUCUCCUCUUGUAAAGAAUGGCAUAUUUCCUCUAGACAUAUCCAAGCAGAUGGAGUGUGGAAUAAACCUUUUCUAUAUAGCUA